AUGGCGUCGGUUAACUCUUCGAAGUCCCAUCGAUUCGUUGAUUUCCUACCUUCAAUUAGGCCAUCUCUUCUUUCAGUGGUGCUACUUUUUGCUUGCGGAUGUCUCUGGGUGAAGAAUGAAACAACCAACGGGCGACUGAUAGCAUUGGAAACGCGCAUCAACAUGUCUCCAGUGGUCCUUGUUGAUACUGGCUGCACUACGGAAAAUAGUGAAAGAACGACUCGUAGGCCAAAAGAAGAUUCCACGAGAUAUCUUUUAAAGAAAAUUCAGAGAGAAAGGAAGUUCAGCGAUACAUCAGGUUAGGGUUAGAUCAUUAGAGUACAAAAAAAUUUCCCUUAUUUUUGUAAACUAAGCUUAUUGUUGGGGGAAUUCCACAUAAGCCAUACAAGCGUGUGCGGAGCCAGUGGGAAUGGUUUUUAGCUCCUACCUUUUGGACUGAAAUAGGGCAAAAUUUUGUGCUUGCUGGAACCAGGGCCUGGAAAUCGGUAUGCUCUUUUAUGAUGUGACUCUUGAGAAACGGGUAAUGUUUCAGUUCUGCGGUAUGUCGCACACCCCCCACCGACAUUUUCCUAAAGUAUCUCAGGGAGCUUACCGUACUAUGUGGCGAGUUGAGUGACCCCUGUGUUCGAGUCUCAAAAUUGUUUCAAAUUGUUUCAAAUUGUUUCAACUCUUCAAAUCAUUGAAGAGUACGUGCAUAUUAUAAGGAUAUUAUGAGCAGACAGCAAAGCUCCACCGGCUUUAUAUAUAGUUUUCACAGUGACGUCAUCAAAUUGUAAACCAAAAAUGAAUCUUCGUACAAGUUUGCAUUCCCGUAGCAUAUUUCAUUUCGAAAAUACAGCAAUUUGAACUUCCGAGUUUUUACAGUGCGUGACGCCAAAAUAGGAAUGCUGUCUCGUUGAAAAAAAGCCUGUCCUCUUGAUUUUCAGGAGUAUAACCAUUUCAAGUAUUAGAAGAUAUGUUUAUGCGCACGUAUGCCAGUUCUCGAGUGAAAAUAAAAGAGCUUUUAUAGAAAAAGUGAACUCCAGAUGUUUUUGUUUUCGACGGCCAUAUUGGUGCACCAAAACUGUACAUCAGUAUGUACACCAUACAAAGCUCUACAAAGGUGUAUGAAACGUUUUCGGCAAAUAACUCAGAAACUAUGGGCCACAAAGACCUGAAACUUGGGCAAAUCGUUUAUAUUUUAGUCUUUUAUAACAUUCAUUUUCUUGGCUUCUUCCACUGGACGGUUUAAUUUCCAAUUUAUUUUUUUCUUGCAUGACAGUCAAACUGAUCUUUGUAUAUUGCUAUUGAAGUGGAUAAUGACGAUAAUUGCAUGCGAAUAAGUCCUAAGAAAAGUUCAGCAGACAAUUCAUUAAAACAAUAUGAAGUAUCCUCCGAUAGAGAAUUGAAAAUCUUGCAAUCAGGCCAACGUUCAGUUCAACCAAUCUCAAAUCAGUUCGGACAGACUGAAUAUUUCCGAAUUAGGAUGAUGCCUCUUGCAACCUUUACGCAAAAAAGAAAAGCUAUUCGACAUGCAGUUUUUUAUUACUCUGAAUAGCUUUUUUUUUUUUUUUUCAUGCCUCUGGGUUUUGAGGAUGUUAGCGGAUUGAUUUUUGAAAGGAUGGGUCAAAUCUUUUCAAGAUCAAACUUUUUUGUUGAAUUUGUUUUUCUUUUGAUUAAAUUUGAUUCUUUGACAAGAUGACUAAUGAUACCAUGACAGGAAAGGUUAAUUAUAGUUUUAUUUCCGCAUAGAGCUCUUUAUCAUAAUUGCGGCCUAUUAAUAUACAUGCUUUUAUAUGUACGAAAAUUAGCCUUUCUGACCUCGUUAGCAUGUGCAAAAUUCAAAAGAAUUCUUACUUAUAAAUGAGGCCAGAAAGACUAAUUAUCAUACAGAUAAAAGAAAUAGGCCGCAAUUAUGAAAGAGGUCUAUACUUUGACCCAAAAAUAGGGAAAUGAGGAACUUACUAUCCUCAGCUACAUAAGAAAAUCACUUGCUCUUAAAUUGAUCCUUCGAAUUCGCUUUGAGAAAAUGAGAUCAGUCAAGUCAUGAAGUUGACACUCAAAUUUGAAUUUUAAUCUGCAAACGACAUAAAAAAAAAAAAAUGCUUUCAAGAGGGUAGUUGGGCUACAAACGUUAAAGAAAACAAGACGGUGGAAUUUAAUGUCGACGAAAACUCAAUCGUAUCAGCGGAAAUUUUCCCAGCACUUAGUUUGCUUUUCCCUUAGCUUUAUCAGAUGAGUCAGGAGAUUCAAGAACAAGCGCAAAGUCAAGAAACCGGAGACAGGUUUCGAACGUGACUUCAGCGACCAUCAAUAUGCAUGACGUGCGUCAAGAAAUCACCAAACAUUUUGAACAACUAAUGCCCUCCAAGUACUGUAAGUCACAAGAGAGGGUAUGCCCUGCAGGUCCCCCCGGACUUCCUGGUCCCAUCGGUGCACAAGGACCACGUGGUAGGAGGGGACCUAGGGGAAAGAAAGGUAUCCCAGGUAGCUUUGGACCACCUGGAAAAUCAGGAAUGGCUGGACUUCCAGGAUCUUGGGGAGAAAAGGGUGAUAAGGGCGAACCAGGAAAUCCGGGACCACCUGGGAGGCCUGGAGAAUCAAUAUCUGCUCCACACGUGAUGGUAUCACCUGCAAAUCACACUAGAGAUGAAGGAGGAAAUACGGCGAUUUAUUGUACGGUUGGGGGAAACCCUACUCCUACUGUCGAAUGGCGAUUCAAGGGCAGAAAGCUUCUGUCGGGAGCAAAGUAUUUGGUUAAAAAGGCAGAGCUGAUCAUCAGGAAUCUGAAUUACAGCGAUGCUGGGCAGUACAAAUGUGCGGCAAGAAACAUUCUUGGAUUGUCUGAGGCGUCUGGUAAUUUAAAGGUUCGAGGUAAGAAGUACAAUAAGCUUUACUACUUUGAAAAUUGA